CAUAAACGAUAAAUCAGUAAACAAGGAAUCGUCUUUAUUCGUGUCAUAAACGUAAUAAUUAACAACUCAUAACUCACAAAAUGUCUAGAUACAACAUACAAUGAUAAUUAGUUAUUAUAAGUUCAUUUUUUAAGUUACCUGGUUGUAUUUAAUGUACUAAGUGCAAAAUAAUUAAUCACAAUGGCUGCCCCUCCAGCAGCAUUAGUGAGUAAGGUUAAAAAACAUUUCAUCGGAAUUCCUGCACCACUCGGGUAUGUCGCUGGUGUUGGUCGAGGUGCUACAGGUUUUACUACCCGGUCUGAUAUUGGACCAGCGCGAGAUGCCAAUGAUGUUUCUGAUGAUCGGCAUGCACCACCAACAAAAAAAAAGAAAAAAGACGAAGAAGAGGAUGAUGAUGAGGAUUUGAAUGAUUCAAACUAUGAUGAAUUUAGCGGUUAUGGUGGUUCAUUAUUCAGUAAGGACCCAUAUGAUAAAGACGAUGAAGAAGCAGAUAUGAUAUAUGAAGAAAUUGACAAACGUAUGGAUGAAAAACGUAAAGAGUAUAGAGAGAAGAGAUUAAAAGAAGAAUUAGAGAAAUAUCGUCAGGAGCGACCUAAAAUUCAACAACAAUUCAGUGACUUAAAAAGAGGGUAAUUAUAUUAUUUAAUCAAUUAUAAUUUGAAUGUUGUUGCACAAAAGUCUUAUAUUUUAGGUUGACUAUGGUUAGUGAAGAUGAAUGGCGAAAUAUUCCAGAGGUUGGUGAUGCUAGAAAUCGUAAACAAAGGAAUCCAAGAGCUGAGAAGUUUACACCGCUGCCUGAUACUGUACUGUCCAGAAAUCUUGGUGGUGAAUCAACUUCUUCUAUAGAUUCAGCGAAUGGCAUUAUGAGUCAGUAUCCUCAUGGUACUGUUACACCUGGAAUGUUAACUCCAUCUGGGGAUCUUGAUUUAAGAAAAAUGGGACAAGCUCGUAAUACUUUAAUGAAUGUAAAACUUAAUCAAGUUUCAGAUUCUGUUGAAGGUCAAACAGUUGUCGAUCCUAAAGGUUACUUAACUGAUUUACAUAGUAUGAUUCCAACGUAUGGUGGAGAUAUCAAUGAUAUUAAAAAAGCUAGAUUAUUGUUAAAGUCUGUUCGAGAAACUAACCCUAAUCACCCACCAGCUUGGAUAGCAUCCGCUCGUCUUGAAGAAGUUACCGGGAAAAUACAAGCUGCUCGUAAUGUCAUCAUGAAAGGUUGUGAAGACAAUCCAAAAUCAGAAGAUCUUUGGCUUGAAGCUGCCCGUUUACAACCACCAGAGACUGCUAAAGCUGUUAUCGCUCAAGCUGUUAGGCACAUUCCAACAUCAGUUCGUAUUUGGAUUAAAGCUGCUGACUUAGAAUCUGAAACUAAAGGUAAAAGAAAAGUUUAUCGAAAAGCAUUAGAACACAUACCAAAUUCAGUAAGAUUAUGGAAAGCUGCUAUUGAGCUAGAAGAUCCAGAAGAUGCUCGAAUUUUGUUAAGUCGUGCUGUUGAAUGCUGUCCUACUAGCGUUGAUCUAUGGCUAGCAUUAGCUCGAUUAGAAACUUAUGAAAAUGCACGUAAAGUUUUAAAUAAAGCUCGUGAAAAUAUUCCAACUGAUAGACAAAUUUGGACUACUGCUGCUAAAUUAGAAGAAGCUAAUGGUAAUAUUAAUAUGGUUGAAAAAAUCAUAGACCGAGCUAUUUCUUCUUUAAGUGCUAAUGGUGUUGAAAUUAAUCGAGAACAAUGGAUAAAAGAAGCAAUUGAAGCAGAAAAAUGUGGUUCUGUAAAAACAUGUCAAGCUCUUAUUAAAGCUAUAAUUGGUUAUGGAAUUGAAGAUGAAGAUCGUAAACAUACUUGGAUGGAAGAUGCUGAUUCUUGUGCUAGUCAGUCAGCCUAUGAAUGUGCACGUGCUAUUUUCUCUCAUUCAUUAGUUGCGUUUCCAAGUAAGAAAUCUAUUUGGUUGAGAGCUGCCUAUUUUGAAAAAAAUCAUGGUACUCGGGAAUCUUUAGAAACCUUGUUACAAAAAGCUGUAGCACACUGUCCCAAGUCUGAAGUAUUAUGGUUGAUGGGGGCCAAAUCAAAGUGGUUAGCUGGUGAUGUGCCGGCAGCUCGUGGUAUUUUAUCUUUAGCAUUUCAAGCAAACCCAAAUUCAGAAGAAAUUUGGCUUGCUGCUGUUAAAUUAGAGUCCGAAAAUUCAGAAUUUGAUCGUGCAAGACGUCUAUUAUCUAAAGCUAGAGCUUCAGCACCAACUCCAAGAGUAAUGAUGAAAUCUGCUAAACUCGAAUGGUGCUUAAACAAUUUAGAUACAGCUUUACAAAUCCUUGAAGAAGCAAUAAUAAAAUUUCCAGAUUAUGCAAAAUUAUGGUUAAUGAAAGGACAAAUAGAAGAACAACAAGGUGAUGCAGAUCAAGCUCAUGAAACUUAUAAUUCUGCUCUAAAAAAAUGUCCUAGUUCUAUUCCGUUAUGGAUAUGGUUAGCCAGAUUAGAUGAAAGGCGGAAAAUGUUAACAAAAGCAAGAUCAGUAUUGGAAAAAGGACGAUUAAAAAACCCACAUAAUCCAGAAUUAUGGCUGGAAGCUAUACGUAUAGAAUUUCGUGCCUCUAUGAGAGACAUAGCAAAUACAAUGAUGGCUAAAGCCUUGCAAGAAUGUCCAAAUUCUGGAAUACUAUGGUCUGAAGCUAUAUUUUUAGAAGCAAGACCACAACGAAAAACUAAAAGUGUAGAUGCUUUGAAAAAAUGUGAACAUGAUGUUAAUGUUCUUCUGGCUGUUUCAAAACUAUUUUGGAGUGAAAGAAAAUUACAAAAAUGUCGUGAAUGGUUUAAUAGAACUGUAAAAAUUGAUCCAGAUUUCGGAGAUGCAUGGGCAUAUUUUUAUAGAUUUGAAGUUUUACAUGGAAAUGAAGAAUCUCAAAUGGAUAUUAAGAAGAGAUGUAUUGCAGCAGAACCUCAUCAUGGUGAAGCAUGGUGUAUUGUAUCAAAAAAUAUCAACAACUGGAGGUUCACAACUGAAAAUGUUUUACUGUUAGUUGCUAAUGAUUUGCCUAUUCCUAUUUGAAUUAAAUAAAUAAUUUGUAUGUAAUCUUUUAGCCAACUGAAUAUGAAGAUACACAUUUAAAAAUAAUUUAUAUUAAAUAAUUUUAAUUUAAGUAUUUUUUUGUUUUUCAUCACAUAUUAUUUACAUUCUGAAUGAAUUAUAUUUUAUACAACAACAAAAUAUAAAGGUUUGUAUAAUUCUGUUUACUGAAUUUGUCAUUUUAAAAUGUUUAGUAAAUUAUCUGGACUUAUAAACUAUCUUGACAAAUAUAUAAUAUAUGGCUUGGUACUAGAUUCUAGAAGGGUCAAUAUAAAAAAAUUAAAUGUACCUAUUUCAGAAAUCUCAACAUAAAGUCUGUAAUUAUUGCAAUACAUGUUUUAUUUGAUAUUGGCCCUUCUCACAUCAAACCACUGAUAAAGUUUAAUAUAGUUUUUAACAUUAAUAUUGAAAUUAGUAUUUAUCUGUAAAUACUUUAAUUUAUGUACCUAUCUAAACUAUUUGACUAACUUUUUUUUAAAUUACACGUUAUAAUUUUUUACAGGGUAUUCUAAGAUUUAUCUAUUUUUAAAUAAAAUUAAGUAGAUUUAAAUAACAAAUAUAUUGUAAAAUAGAUCAAUUUAAUAUCUAUCUAUAUAUUGUACGCAUAGAUUUAUAUAUCUAGACAAAACAUUCACCCAGAGGAUUGAAAUGUGUGAGCAGUCUGAACAAAUCAAAAGAGGUAGGCUGAUAUAAUGCCUUGAUGUUAGAGAGCAAAUUUAAACUAUGAGGACAGCUAAUUAAAACACUCCAUUUAUUUUAUCAUGUGUUUCUAUCCUUGAAAUGAAACUACUCACUGGAACGUGUUUUUAUGCUGAAUGUUCCAUCUAGAUCGCCGAUUAUUAACCUUAUCUAGACUAGUCUAUGAUCGUGUAUAUAUAUAUAUAUAUAUAUAUAUAUAUAUAUAUAUAUUAAACUUGUUUGUACUAUAUGGC